UUGUUGACUAUAGGAUCGUCAAAGAAUUAACCUCUUGUACAUAGAAAAUAUUUGAAAAUGCCUCAAGGAAGAAAAAAGGUACCAUUUAGUGGUAAAGCAAAGAAGGAACAGUUGAAAACAAAAAGGAAUAAGAAACAAGGGAGUAGUCAAAAUUAUCUUGUAAAACCUCACAACUCUGAUGGGGAUGACAGUGAUGAUGGUAAAGUUCAGAAAGUAAAUGCACAGCCGGGCAGGUCUGGCAGGAAUGUGAACAGGUACAAUCUGAAGUUCUACAGGGAAACAGAUGCUGAGAUUAAGGAGCGCAAGGAACUGGCUAUGAAAAGUCUGGAAAUGCACAAUGACUUGGAGAUUAAUGUGCAUGAUUAUUUUCCUGAAGAUUUUGAUUUUCCAAAGAGACCUUCCUGGAAUUUUGAUAUGUCAAGAGAAGCAUUGGAUGCGAGAGAGAACAGAUACUUCACUGAAUAUGUUACUGAACUGGAUAACAAGUAUGGAUGGAAGGAGAUGAGUUUCUUUGAACUCAAUUUGGAAACCUGGAGGCAACUGUGGAGGGUCCUGGAAAUGUCUGAUGUUAUUCUGAUCAUUGUUGAUAUUCGUUUUCCUGCUCUGAUGUUUCCACCUUCACUUUAUAACUAUGUCACCAAAACUUUGAAUAAGCAGAUGAUUUUAGUUAUGAAUAAGAUAGACCUGGCGCCAACUCCAUUGGUCGUCGCUUGGAGGAAUUACUUUAUAAAAAAUUAUCCUCAAUUGAAAGUCGUCUUGUUCACCACAUUGCCGCAGUAUAAUCUAGUUGGAAAGUUGUCCGAUAAAGCUGGACUGCAAAUUCGUCAUAAGAAGGGCAAGGUCCGCAUGGCAACUGAAGGCACCAAAUUGUUACUGGAGGCAUGUAAGGAAAUCGUUGAAGACCAAGUGGAUUUGAGAUCUUGGGAGGAGAAGAUUAAGGAAGAAUCGACGUACACGACUGACGAUGUUUCUGAAUUGAUCGUUGAGGAAACUAUCGAAACGAAAUCCGUGGACACGCAGUUCUAUCAGCACGAGAGAUUCAAUAAUGGCAUUUUAACAAUCGGUUGCGUGGGUCAACCGAAUGUUGGAAAAUCGUCUGUGAUGAACGCCAUCAUGGGCAAGAAAGUUGUAUCCGUAUCGAAGACGCCCGGUCACACCAAGCAUUUCCAAACGAUAUUUUUAACACCGAAUGUCCGCUUGUGCGACUGUCCGGGCCUGGUGUUUCCUUCCAAGGUUCCGAAAGUACUGCAGAUCAUUAUGGGCAGCUUCCCGAUCGCUCAACUCAGAGAACCAUUCACCACAAUCAAAUAUUUAGCGGAGAGAAUGGACAUGCCGAAAUUGCUGAGAAUCGCGCACCCUGAAAACGAUGAUACUUGGUCAGCGAUGGAUGUAUGCGAUGGUUGGGCAAAGAGAUGUGGAUACGUAACGGCCAGGUCCGGAAGACUCGAUUCGUACAGAGCAGCAAACAGCUUGCUUAGAAUGACCCUUGAUGGAAAGAUUUGUCUUUGCUUAACACCACCGAAUUACGAAUCGGAAAAAGAUGUUUGGGAAAAACAUGAAGAUGUGGAAAUGGUGAAUUGGAUCAAGGCAAUUGUAGAUGAUGAUGAUGAUAAAAAACAAGAUCGUCCUUUAGAAAAAGUCGCGGAAAGUUGCAGUGAUGAAGAUGCUUUUAAAGAUAGCGAUGAAGAACGGGAUGAAUAUGAUGAUGACUCUUCAGAUGGAGAACAAGUUUUAGCAUCCAAUAAAUUCUCAGCGCUCAAUGAUGCGAAUUGAUUUGGGUUUGGUUGUUAAA